CUCAUAAAUCACGAUGUGGGAGUUCCGCUCUAUGAUGUUCUGGCGGGCGGUGUUCGCCGAGUUUUUCGGCACCAUGUUCUUCGUUUUCUUCGGGAUGGGCGCAGCGUUACGCUGGACCUCCGGGCCGUACCAUGUCUUCCACACCGCCCUCUGCUUCGGUUUCGCUGCUGCCACGCUCAUCCAAUCCAUCGGCCACAUCAGUGGAGGACACAUCAAUCCGGCCGUCACCUUCGCCUACUUAGUCGGCUCUCAGAUGUCCUUUUUCCGAGCUUUCUUCUACAUCUGCGCUCAGUGCCUUGGGGCCAUGGCAGGAGCCGCGGCCCUUUAUGGAGUUACACCCAACAACAUGAGAGGCACACUGGCACUUAACACGCUGCAGCCCGGCAUGAGUCUCGGCAUGGCGACUACAGUGGAGGUGUUUCUUACCAUGCAGUUGGUGGUUUGUGUUUUCGCCGUCACAGAUGAGAGACGAAACGGCCGUCUGGGUUCUGCCGCUCUGUCUAUUGGCUUCUCUAUCACCAUGGGCCACCUGAUGGGGAUGUACUACACUGGAGCUGGCAUGAACCCAGCUAGAUCUUUCGCUCCUGCUGUCAUCAUGAGGAAUUUCAUCAACCACUGGGUGUACUGGGUGGGACCUAUGAUUGGUGGCGCUAUGGGUGCCAUCCUGUAUGAUUUCAUGCUGUUUCCCCGUAUGCGGGGUCUCUCCGAGCGGCUAGCCACUCUCAAGGGCAGCUGAUCCCCAGAGGCCGAGAACCAGCAGGAGACCCGCGGGGAGCCCAUCGAGCUGAAGACUCAAACCCUAUAAACCUGCUAAGAACCUGUGGACCGAAAUCUGGCUCUACCUCACUGGACCAUCUCGCCGCCUCAAGAAACAGUCAAUACGCCUCAGUUAAUAAAACCCCGCGCUGAGGGUCGCAUAUCCUCGCUAAAAUCAUUAAGGGAGAUGAAUUGAGUACACUAUUUUGUUUAGUAUUCUAGGUUUGUUGCUGAUAUUAAUGCAGGGCAGGGGGCGGAGCUGAGGCAGGGUUCGAGUGGAUGUGGGCGGGGCUAGAGCUGUUUAUUUAGGCAUGCUUUUCACUUUUCAUCUGACUUCACUUUCACAAUUCAUUUUCAGCUUCGUUUUCUACAACACCAAUAUGUGGAUGUAUGCAACUUAACCAGGGUUUCACACUUUUUACUUUUAAUUUCACGUGGGUGUGCAAGUGAGUGCAAAUGUGUGGGUCAUUUUGUGUGUGUGAGGGAGAACGUGCCCAGGUAUGUACGUGUGUUUAGCUUGUGCAUGAUGAUCAAGUGUAUGUGUGAGUGUGUCUGUCAGCUGAGCAAUUAUUUUGGGUUUUUAUCAUUACAGCUCACUCGUGUUUGUACCAUGCUUAUGUUUUUCCUUCUUUCUUAUUUUUACGGUACUCGAAGACACCCCAAAGUGUAUUGUUUGCAAUGAUAUUCCAUUCACCUUGAUGUUCACACAAACCACCCGUGGACUGAGCUGUUUUAAACACAGCCGGUCUUUGCAAUUACUUCUCAAGUUUACAGUGUCUGUGUUGCCUUUCAUUAAAUCUUGUUUGAGGAUAACAUCCAUGACUGGGCAAAAAAAGCAAUAUGAAUCAUAUUUGAAUGCAAAUAAAUACAUGAAAAAGAAAGAGUGUUUGUAU